AUGGCUUCCUGGAAGUCCACAGGCACCUACGUCGACGAGGUUCCCCCACCUGGGGCGAACAUCGUCAGUGGCAUGUGGAUUUUCAAGGUGAAGCGGCCGCCGGGUUCUCCGCCUGUCUUCAAGGCGCGUUACUGGAGCCUCCGGCGGCCAGUCUACGGUCUCCGCGAGGCGCCCCGUGAGUGGCACGACACACUGAGGACUACACUUGCGGCUCUUGGGUUUGCUCCUUCUACAGCCAACCCGUCGCUGUUUCUACGCACCGACAUCUCUUUGCCGCCGCUCUACAUCCUCGUGUACGUCGACGACUUGGUCUUUGCCACUGCUGACACUGCUGGAGUCGCCCACGUGAAGUCUGAGCUGCAGAAGAGACACACGUGCACAGACCUGGGUGAACUGCGCAGCUACCUUGGCUUGCAGAUCACCCGGGACAGAGCACAGCGCACCAUUACCCUGACUCAGUCACACAUGGUGCAGCAGGUCCUUCAGCGCUUCGACUUCACGUACUCUUCGCCUAAGGCCACUCCUCUGUCUACUCGCCACUCGCUCUCAGCUCUGCCUUUGGAUGAGUCCGUAGAGCCGAGUGGCCCGUACCCAGAGCUUGUUUGCUGCCUCAUGUACCUGAUGACCUGCACACGACCUGACCUUGCAUACCCUCUUAGCAUCUUGGCACGCUAUGUUGCUCCUGGGAGACACCGACCAGAGCACAUGGCUGCAGCGAAGAGGGUGUUGCGCUACUUGUUUAGUACCUGUGAGGCUGAGAUCUACGCGGGGGCCAUGGCUGCACAGGAGCUACGCUGGCUCACCUACCUGCUGACUGACCUAGGAGAGCCGCCUCGUUCUCCUCCAGUUCUGUACGUAGACAACAAGGCCAUGCUGGCCUUGUGUCGGGAGCACAGACUGGAGCACAGAACGAAUCACAUUGCUCUUCGCUACUUCCUUGCUCGUGAGCUGCAGCAGCGUGGUCAGCUGCGCCUUGCUUACGUGGUCUCUGAGGCCAACACUGCUGAUAUCUUUACCAAGGCACUUCCGCCUUGUGAUCAUCAGCGCUUCUGUACGAUGCUAGGUCUUGUGCCUACUUGGCCUCACUUGCUCACUUCUUGA